UGCCUCUCUCCCGCCCUCCUGGCCUGCCUGACAUAGAAGUGAGGACCCGGCAGCCUUGAGGUCUGCAGAAUCCUCUCUGCCUGCCCUGUGGUUCCCAGGUGAAGCUCUGGCCUUUCCAAAGAUGGCCUGUAGACAGCUGCUCCUCAUCUCCUGUCUCUUAGCUGUUGUGCUCCUGUCCAUGCUGCAGCAGGGGACUGGUGUGUCAGUGGGCACCAGGCAGGUGGAAGGACAAGAGGCCCAGGAAGGUGUGGAACAGAGAAUUUUCAUGCAGGAAUCAGAUGCCUCAAAUUUCCUCAAGAGGCGCAGCCAGCGGUCCCCCAAAUCCCGAGAUGAGGUCAAUGCGGAGAACAGGCAGAAGCUGCGGGCUGACGAGCUGCGGAGAGAGUAUCACGAGGAACAAAGGAACGAGUUUGAGAACUUCGUGGAGGAGCAAAAUGAUGAACAGGAAGAGCGAAGGAGGGAGGCUAUUGAGCAGUGGCGCCAGUGGCAUUAUGAUGGCCUGUACCCGUCAUAUCUCUAUAACCGCCACCACAUCUGACCUCGGCUUGACAGACCCGGAAGGUGGAGCUUGAAACACAAAUACCCAGCCCAGGUGUUCGAGCAACUCUCUCCCCAUAGCAGACACCCUCACAGGGUCUCAACUUGGGGCCUGCUCUGUACACACACAUGCCUCUCAUUCUGAUGGAUGCAAAUGCCCUGGCUUUCGCUUCUUUGCAGAUGAUUUUCUGACAUGAACAAAUACCUGUGGGGCCUCCUAGUACCAAACCCGCAGUGGUUUCCCCUUGCUUAGCCACUGUCCCCAAAGUCAGACUCUUGUCUGACAGAACAAUGAAGAGAGGCACAGUAAAGAGAAAAGAUUACAUGUCUGCUUAUAGCUUACAAAUAAAAACGCUGCGUCAACACUGUGCAUUACUGUCUUGAAUCUCAAACUGAGUGUCAUCAACUUGCCUCCCCUGAGUAGCAAUGUUCCCCUCACCGACUGGGGCGUUUGGAAGUUUGGUCUCAGGAGUACUGCUCACUGUGUCCUCGGCGUGUCUCAGUAGUCACUCGAAUGAAAGAACAAUGCUAAUACAACUGUUGUGGUGAUGAGAUGGUUACUGAGCCCAGGUGCUUCUCAUGUGUUUAAAAGAGGUUAAGGUUCAACUCUAGUUUCUUAGUCACAUCAAUCAGUGCCAGAUUACAACGAGGCUGCUGUAACCAAGACUGGAAAGCAGGUGAAACCAAGUUUUGAUGAUACCUCCUUUGCCUUCAUAGCGCCUGUCUUAGUCCGCUAGAGCUGCCAUAACAAAGUACCACAAACUGGGCUGCUUAAGACAACAGAAAUUUAUUCCCUCACAGUUCUGGAGACCAGAAGUCUGAAAUCAAGAUGUUGGUAGAGACACACUUCAUCUACAUCCAAAGGCUCUAAGUGAGAUCCGUCCUUGCCUCUUCCAGAUUCUGGUAGUCCAGGCACUCCUUGGCUGUGGCAGCAUCACGCCAAUCUCUGCCUCCAUUGUCACAUUUCCUUCUCUCCCCAUGCCUUCAAAUCAUCUUCCCUCUGUUUAUCUGUCUGUGUCUCUUCUCUUCUUUAAGGACACCAAUCAUACUGAAAUAAGGGUGCACCCUACUAACCUCAUCCCAACUUGAUUAUAUCUGCAAAGACCUUAU